UGAGAUUGCCUUCCCAUGGCUCCUUUCCUCGUUCGAGCAUCUGUGGAUAUCAAGAACGUGUACGUGGCAUACACUGACAGACUGACUGGGCGAGGCCAUACAACAAAUUUGGACAACCGAGGACGCUCGUUCCCUCAGUCUCGCUGGGUAUGGGGAGUGCCUUUGUCGUCCGUGUGAGGGCCAUGAUUUUACUGAGAUGUGUCGACCACCACACUACGCAUACUACAAGCAAGCCGUACGGUCGGACCAUGUCCUACAGCAUACGGCACAGACUCUUAGCCUUCCAAAAACGGAGGGCUCAAUUUGACCGCCGCAUCCGCGGAGUCGAGAAGGGGGAUGGGUGUGUGAUGUGGCGAGGUGUAUAAAGCAUGGCUUCAGUUCCAAGGUUCAAGGGGAUCUUCUUCUUCAUCUCGCAUCCUCCACAAACAUCUCUUCAUAUCCCCUCGACCUGAAGACGGUUGCUAUCGACCAUGAAGUCUUUGGGAUUGUCGGCCAUCGCGGCCUCGGUGACCCUCCUCGGCGGAGUCGUCGCAAGUCCUCUGACCACGAUCGAGCCGUGCCCGAGUGCAACAGGGCACAGCUGGGCUCCCAUCACCGUCACCUCGCAGUAUCAACCGGUUUCGACUUGUGCGCCCACGACCGCCUGUGUCAAGGGCAAAUGCUCGACCAGCUAUCCGCUCGUCACCUACCCUUACGUCUCGACCGUCGUCCCCUGCGCCUGGAACGGCACCACGACCCAAAAGGCCACCGUGACCGCCGUGGCCCAGCCGCUCAAGGUGUCCGAGCACCUCGAGACCCUGACCCACAUCACGUCCGCUCCGGUCGCCAACAAGUUCGCCUGGAUCGAUUGGUUCAACAAGGACCCUACCACCUACGAACAAGUCACACUCUACGAGACCGUCACCCGGAGAGCCGUCGCCCCGUACAACGCCGUUGGACCCCUUCCCAUCCCAGGCUGGGAAGGAAGUGGCCUGUGCAAGAAAUGCGUGAACGCGGACGGCACCAAAUCUCAGCUCCUCGAGGUCACCGAAUGUCGCAUCGGCACCGAACUCUCCGGCAAGCCGUACGCAAAGUGCGUCGAGUGGUUCGAAACCCUGAUCGCCCAGCCCCCCAAGCCCGUGACCGCCAGCGGGCGGUGCUCGAGCUCGGGAAAGAUCCCCCACGCCGGCGUCUACACCUGGACUUUCCCCCAGGUCGCCCCUCCCGUCACCGUCACCGCACCACCCAAGACCGUCACCGUCACCGUCGACGGCGGUCGCCCACGGGUCUCGGUCCACCCCGGCGGCGUCCAGGUCAUCCCCGGCAGGUCGUGGGACGCCUUCGUCACCCGCUCCUACUCUGGCCCCGGCGUUUUCAACUUCAACGUCUACGUCACCAAGGUGUUCAUCAUCGAAAUCCCCCCCUUCACUCGACCCGCCCCGAGUACCGUCACCGUGACUAUCCCCUCCGUCCCGACCGGCCCUCACAAAGGCGACCCCGGGCACGGAAAUGGUUGGUGGCCACUGCCGUCUGGACACGACAACUGGGGUCCCUCUGACGGCGGCGACAAAGCCUGGGAAGACUGGAACCCAUCCACUUCGUCCUCCACCACCACAUCGGUCAAGACUUCGACGACGAGCACCUCCAGAGGCGGCUGGGGCACCACUACCACGGCGACCAGCUCCGGAGCCAGCUCAUCCAGUGCCAGCUCUUCCUCAGCGAGCUCGUCAAGUGCAAGCUCAUCGUCGGCCUCCUCCUCGAGCGCGAGUUCCUCUUCCACAAGUUCCUCUUCGGCGAGCUCAUCCAGCGCCAGCUCUUCUUCAGCGAGCUCGACAAGUGCAAGCUCAUCUUCGGCCAGUUCGUCUUCCGCAAGUUCAAGUGCAAGCUCAUCGUCGGCCAGCUCGUCUUCCGCAAGUUCAAGUGCAAGCUCAUCGUCGGCCAGUUCGUCUUCCGCAAGUUCAAGUGCAAGCUCUUCGUCGGCCAGCUCUUCAUCUGCAAGCUCAUCGACCUCAGGCUCAGGAAGCUCAACGACCUCAGGCUCGGGCAGCUCAACGACCUCAGGCUCGGGAAGCUCCAGCACUUCUGGUUCUUCGGGCUCAAGCACUUCUGGUUCAACAGGCUCGACUGCAUCAGGCUCUCAAAGCUCAUCCGCCGCCUCAAGCUCGACCACUGCUGACAUAUCCACCACAGGUUCAUCGACUUCAGGCUCUGAAAGCUCGACAUCGGGCGGCACAGGAAUAGGAGGUCCAUCAACUUCAGGCUCAUCUACCGCAAGCUCGUCCGGCGCAAGCUCAACGGUGUCAGCCACCAGCAUAACGUCCAUGUCGAGCCGAUCUUCAAGCACGACAUCCAGCGCACCAGCGACGACCACGUCCUCCGGCCCAGAUUGCAACUUGAAUCUGAACAUCUGCUUGAACUCUCAGCUCCUUUCUGUCAACUCCGUCGCCACGUACGACUGUCCACUUCUGGGUGGUAUACUCUGCACCGUCAAUGACCUUUUGUCUUACAUCCCUGACCUUUUGGGCAUGGAUCCCAACAUUCUUUCGGUCGUUGUCGCCGACAACAAGCUCAUCGGCCUGACCCUCACCCCCGAACAAGUCUCGGCGGCUUUCGAUGCCGGUGAACUGACAGGUGUGUGUGACGCUCUUGGAGGUCCAGUCAGCGUUGUGAUUCGGGACCCGACUUGCCCUAAUAACCCGACUACUUCUUCCACGACGACUAGCGCUCUUCAAACGUCCACCACAUCCGGAUCGGCGGGCUCGACAACGUCGGGCGCAGGUGGCUCGACCACAUCUGGCUCCGGAGCAUCUUCGACAAGCGGUCAAGCGUCAUCGACAUCUGGUUCAAACGGUUCAAGCACGUCCGGCGGCUCUGGAGGCUCUUCAACUAGCGGCCAAGCCACGUCGACUUCCGGCUCAAACGCUUCAUCGACAUCAGGCUCUGGGGCAUCUUCGACCAGUGGUCAAGCGUCAUCAACAUCUGGCUCGAACGGUUCAAGCACGUCCGGCUCCUCUGGAGGCUCGUCAACCAGCGGACAAGCCACGUCGACUUCUGGCUCAAAUGGAUCAUCCACCAGUGGUCAAGCGUCAUCGACCUCGGGAUCAAACGGUUCAUCGACAUCAGGCUCCGGGGCGUCAUCGACCUCUGCCAGCUCGUCGACUCCCACGACCAUGGUGACGUCGACCACGUCCUUCACGUCCAGCCUGGGCGGUUCCAGCACGAGUUCCUCGGCGACAUCGUCGACCACGACGCCGGCCGUCGAAUGUAACGCCUCGGUAGACUUCUGCGCUCCCAUCGUGGUCGCGUGGACGGUCAAGAGCCAGGCAUGCCCCGACCUUCUCGGUUGCACGGACGCACAGAUGCAGGCCUUUGCCAACUCGUUCGUCGGCCUGCCGGGAAUCAAGUCGACGGCCUACGCCAACAACAUCGCCUACGGUUUCAGCGUCACGACCUCCGAACUGCGACGACAGCUCGGUCUGUUGGGCCCCAUCAACGACAUCUGCACGGCGUUGACGAUCUUCACCCUGAGCAUCUCCGACGCCACCUGCCCCGUCACCGAGCUGCCCGCACAACAGUGCAACUCGGACGUGACCUUUUGCAUCCUGCAGUCCGUGUCCGACGCGGGCAUCACCUCGGGGUCGUGCAGCAACGGGCCUCUGCUCCCUUGCACCCCUAGCCAGGCCACGCAAACCGCCAGGGACAGCUGCACGGACGCGGACACCUGUCUCGCGUACGGCAACAACGGUCUCACUCCCAUCACCUCGUCCAAGACCGUGGCCGAGGUCCAAGAGUACGUCGCCAACUGGGCCUUGAACAACGCCUGCGUCGUCGGAGGCACCACCAUCACUCUGAGUGACGCUUCGUGUUCUUGAGUUUCUUUUUCCAACAAGACAUGAUCUGAAUGACAUCAACACCAAAAAUUUAAGGGGGUAUGGGUUGGAUUUUUCUUCUUCUUCGUGGGGAUGGUGUUGAUGGUUGGGUGUACCAAUUUUUUUUUCUCUUCUUUUCUUCAACACAUUGAAAACUCCUUCCUUGGUUGAGAGGCAUCCUGUCGUCUUUCCUUUUUCUCCUUUCUUUCAUCCGCGCCGCACUCGACUUUUGUUGGACGGAUUUAUCCACUCACAGAGUUGGGUUGUGCACUACGGACAUUACUUAUUUAUUUACCAUUCUCGGAGGCUUACCUGGGCGUUGUUCUUGGUGGCCAUAUCUUUUGGGGGAAGAGAGGACGUUUUCACUUUACAAUUUUACAAGGGUGGAUGGAGAUUUUUCUUAUUCUUUGAAGGGGGGAGGAUGUUUCUAUAUCUCGGAAGGAUGUCCUUCUUUACUCUAUUUCUUAUCCAUGCCUUACUUUUCCAUAGGAG